AUGGCUGGCCUCGAUCCCCAAGCCCCGGUUUACGUUCCAGCUUCACACGAUAUCACUCCAUUUGGAAGCUACUAUUACUCCUCUUCGCGAACUUGCUAUUUUGUGUUCAACCAAUCUAUGCAGGUCACUCCAUAUUUCGAGCUUUGUCCCUACCCACCACCACCACCUCCUCCUCCUCCUCCUCCGCAUGGACUUGUUUACAGCACUUAUUGUGCUUGCUGGAAAGGGUUUUCCUGGAGUGAGAUCCAUUCGAUCCCUCUCCAGCUGCCUGUAGCUGAUGAUAGGAUUCCUUCGACUCAUCUAAGCAAGGAGGAGGAAGAGGAGAGCCUCGAGCCUGACACCAAGGUGAACGAAGAGGUGCAGUGUGAGGCUGCUGCCGAAGCUCGGAAGGGUAGUUUCAAAAGGUUUGGAUGCGGUGGUUCCUUUGGUUGGAGAAGGAAGGCUUCCGUGCCGAGGGCCAGGAGCCGGAGGAAGGAAUCUGAGCUCAAGGGAGAUGAGAAUGUUGCAGUUGAAGUUGAUGGUGGAAAGACCACAGUCAUGAUCAAGAACUUGCCCAACAAAUUCACCAAGGAGAAGCUGUUAGGUAUACUAGACCAGCACUGCUAUGAAGAGAACCAGAAGAUAAUGGAAGAAGGAAAUGAGAAGUCACUGGAGCUGGGAAAGGGAGAUAUCUCAUCAACCACUUUGUCCGAGUUCGAUUUCUUGUACCUGCCUAUAGAUUUCAAUACGGGCAACAACAUGGGCUAUGCGUUCGUCAACUUCACCAGUGCAGUCGCUGCGUGGAGGCUGUACAGCUCCCUCCAAAACUACGACUGGAAGCCGCACGGAUCUCGCAAGAUCUGUGUGGUCACGUACGCCAGAAUCCAGGGUUUGCCGGCACUGCAGAAACACUUCAAGAACUCAACCUUCGUGUGCCACAGCGAUGACUUCCUCCCUGUGCGCUUCAUCCCAGCUCGCAGUGGGUACUGUCGGACGGAGCAGCAGCACAUUGGCAAGCGACUUCCUGUUUCCAAACCCUGAUGAUAAGUACUAACAGAGAAGGCAAGAGGACACAAUGACUAGGGUUUUGUGUGUGUUUCCUGGAUAACAAAAGCCAGGGUUUCUGAAUGUCUAUCUAUCCAUCUAUACUAGCAUUUAAGGA